GUUUGAAAAUAAUACGAGAUUACAAGUUGCUGUUAUGAAGAACAAUUCUUUCAUGGGUUCUUUCCACUUGCCAUCACGACCUAAUCUUGAUGUUCGGGAAAUAGAUAUAUCGAAUAACCAAAUACAAGGUGAAAUCCCAUUAAAUAUCAGUAUGACUUUUCCAUAUUCAACAUGGUUAUUCUUGUCUGGAAACAAUUUUGAAGGAGAGAUAUCCAAUGUCCACUUUUCUGGGUUUUCAUAUCUAAGCAUAUUGGACAUAAGCAACAACAAUUUGUCAGGAAAGCUUCCAAGGUGGACAAAGAAUCUCCUUGGUUUGGUUGAAUUGGAUUUAUCCAACAAUCACUUUGAUGGUUCAAUUCCAGAGGAAUUUUGCUACAAGGCUGACCUUUGGCUUCUCGACCUAUCCCACAACAAUUUAUCUGGGUCUCUACCACAUUGCGCUAGUCUACCCUCACCAUACUUAUCGCAUAUCUAUUUGAGCAAAAAUAGACUAAAUGGUCUACUAACACAUUCAUUCUUGAACAUCUCUUCAUUGGAGACACUUGAUCUUGGAGAAAACAGCCUUUCUGGAAGCAUUCCAAAAUGGAUCAGCAACCUUUCUUCCUUGAGUAUCUUGCGUCUAAAAGGUAAUCUCUUUUUUGGUGAAAUUCCGAAUGAAAUAUGUGAGUUGGACCAACUACGAAUCAUGGAUUUGUCUCAUAAUCAACUUUCUGGUCAUAUACCCUCUUGUUUGGCACAUUUAAUUGGCGCUCCGAAUUCAUUUUCAUCAUGGGGCCUUACUAUCAAAUCUUCAACAUUGAACCUUGACACAUCGAACCUUGACACAUCGACAGAAAUGGAAGCUAGAUUAAUGCAAGAGGUAUAUACACAAUUGGAUAGCCAUAUACAAGAUUGGAUAGAACUUGUUACCAAGUGGUGGUCUUACACUUAUGAAGGCAACAUUCUUGAUUACAUGUCUGAAAUUGAUCUCUCUUGCAACCAAUUAACAGGCUUAAUCCCACUUGCAAUAGGAAACUUAAGUUACAUUCAUUCACUUAACUUGUCCCAUAACAACUUAACUGGAUCCAUACCUUCUACCUUCUCAAAUUUGAAACAACUUGAGAGCUUGGACCUUUCUUUCAAUGAUUUGAAUGGUGAGAUUCCAUCUCAACUUACUGAGCUAAACUUUUUGGCAGUUUUUAGUGUUGCACACAACAAUCUUUUUGGUCCUAUCCCAUAUGGAAAAGGACAGUUUGGAACCUUUGACAGCAACAGUUAUGAGGGAAACGCGCUUCUUUGUGGAGCUCCAUUGGAAAAAGGUUGCGAGGACUCUUUUGAACUACAACCAAAGGUACCAAAUUCCUUAAAUGAAAAAAGAGAAGGCAGUUUGAUAGAUAUGGAUGUUUUCUAUAUAAGCCUUUUAGUUACUUAUGUGGUUGUUUUGUUAUCAAUUGGAGCAGUCCUAUACAUAAAUCCAUAUUGGCGACAGGCAGGUUUUAUUUGAUUGAGAGGUGUGUCACCAAUUGCGACUAUUUAAUCUUGGAUAAUAUUCUAAGAUUCUAGUGUUGUAAUAAUGUAACUAAUUUAUGUCUGCUAGGAUGUACCUUCAUCCAUGCCAAGUUUUACUAAUACAAUUCAAUUUUCAUG